AACAUCUGCAAGAUUCAAGAAAAUUUUCAGCUUCAAACGUUAUAUAGAAAGGGUGAUGUUAUGUUAGGAGGGAUAUUUGAAUUAAGUUAUAAAACAAUUGCUCCAGAUUUCUCCUUCACACAUAAGCCAGAGCAAUGGAAAUGUGAGAGUGUGGAUUUUGAAGUGUUUCAGUGGGCACACACAAUGAUUUUUGCCAUUGAAGAAAUCAAUCAAGAUCCAGUGCUUCUUCCCAAUAUAACGCUAGGCUACAGGUUAUAUGACAACUGCUUAAAGCUACAGGUUGCUCUGAGAUCUGCAAUAAGUUUGAUUGGUGGACUGAAUGACAGCAUUCCUGAUAAUGACUGCAGAGGACUGCCUCCUGUCGUUGGCAUUGUUGGCGAUCCACUUUCAUCACAUUCAAUUGCCAUUUCAAGAGUUCUGGGUCUGUUUAGAAUGCCUUUGAUCAGCUAUUAUGCCUCUUGCUCUUGCUUGAGCAAUAAAAUCGAGUACCCAUCAUUCUUUAGGACUGUACCCAGUGAUGCAUUCCAAGUUAAAGCUAUGGUACAAAUUAUUAAACACUUUGGAUGGACAUGGGUGGGCAUUAUAGGAACUGAUGAUGAUUAUGGGCAAUAUGCCGUAAAUAGUUUCCAUGAAGAAAUAAAACCAUUUGGAUGCAUUGCUUUUACAGAAACCUUUCCCAAAGCCCAAGAAAAGUUCAAAUAUCUUCAAAUAAUCAAUACAAUAAAACAUUCAACUGCAAAAGUCAUUGUUGUCUUCUCUCCAACUGCAAAUUUAAUAGCAUUAUCCACAGAAAUCAUUCAGCACAACCUUACUGGAAGACAGUGGGUCGCCAGUGAAGCAUGGAGCACAUCAAACACUGUAGCAACCAAUGAGAACUUUCCAUUCUUUGGUGGCACAAUUGGUAUUGCUAUUCGCAGAGGAGAAAUACCAGGACUGGAUAACUUUCUGUUCCAGAUUCGACCCACUUCUGAUCCAAACAAUAAUUUAAUUCUUCGUUUCUGGGAGACAAUGUUUGAGUGCAAAUUUCAAGAAACUGUAAACAACCAAAAUGAUACUGCGUUUCCAGUCUCCAAAAUGUGCACAGGAUAUGAAGAUAUUAAAAGCACCAGGACUGCAUACACUGAUGUGUCUGAAUCAAGGGCAUCUUAUAAUGUCUACAAAGCUGUCUAUGCCUUAGCAAUUGCCCUUCAUGAAUUAAUGUUCUGUGAAAAUGGAAAGGGGCCUUUUGAAAACAAUUCCUGUGCUGAUAUCAAAAGUUUACAACCCUGGCAACUAAUGCAUUAUAUAAGGAAAGUUAAUUUCACCAAUCGAUUUGGUGAACGAGUUGCAUUUGAUGAAAAUGGAGAUGCCCUUGCAAUUUAUGAUAUUGUCAACUGGCAAAGAGCUGGUGAUGGAUCUGUGACCAUUAAAACUAUAGGUGUUUACGAUAAAGCAGCCAGUGGAGGACGAGAGCUUUUCCUCAAUGAAAAAGUCAUCUUUUGGAACUUUGCAUCUGGACAGAUUCCAGAAUCAGUCUGUAGUAAAAGCUGUCAGCCAGGUACAAGAAAAGCCAACCGGAAAGGAGAGGCAGUCUGCUGUUUUGAUUGUGUACCCUGUGCAGAUGGAGAAAUUAGCAGUGAAACUGAUUCCAUUACAUGCACUCAGUGUCCACCUGACUACUGGUCAAAUCAACAAAGAAACCAGUGCAUAUCAAAGGAAAUUGAGUUUCUUUCAUAUGAUGAUGCCAUGGGCAUUACACUGGCUACUACAGCAACAUUUGGAAGUUGCUUGUCUGUCAGUGUUUUAAUAGUUUUCAUUUACUAUCGAAAUACUCCAGUUGUAAAAGCCAACAAUUCAGAACUGAGCUUCCUUUUGCUUUUUUCUUUAACACUCUGCUUCCUUUGUUCACUUUGUUUUAUUGGAGAGCCUUCAAAUGCAAGCUGCAUGUUGAGACAUGUGGUGUUUGGAAUCAGCUUUGUUCUGAGCAUUUCUUGCAUUCUCGUAAAAACAAUUGUUGUCAUUAUGGCAUUUAAGGCCACAUUGCCAGGAAAUAAUAUGAUGAAGUGGUUUGGUGUAACACAGCAGAGAGGCACAGUCUUCAUGUUUACUUUUAUUCAGUCACUUAUAUGCGUGGUGUGGUUGAGUUCAGCCCCACCAUUUCCCUCUAAAAACACUAAGCAUCAGAACUCAAAAGUAAUAUUUGAGUGUGAUAUUGGAUCAUUAAUUGGAUUCAGUUGCCUUCUGGGAUACAUUGGAUUGCUAGCAUGCAUCUCUUUUGUAUCGGCUUUUCUUGCAAGAAAUCUCCCAGACACCUUCAAUGAAGCCAAGUUCAUUACCUUCAGCAUGCUCAUCUUCUGCGCUGUUUGGAUAACAUUCAUACCUGCCUAUAUCAGCUCUCCUGGAAAGUACACAGUGGCUGUUGAGAUUUUUGCAAUUCUGGCAUCAAGUUUUGGUCUGCUCAGUGCGAUAUUUGCUCCUAAAUGUUACAUUAUUCUAUUGAAGCCAGAAAGGAACACAAAGAGAGCCCUUAUGGGCAGAUAA